GUUUGAAGUAUAUCCUGAAAGACCGCCGGUUAAGUGUUGUGGUUGCAGUGAGUUACUACUGUAUUGGACGGUCGGCAGAUUGAAAGCGUGUCCUGUAGUUCCGGCCGUGUACGCAUUUUGCAGAUGUUUAUCAAGGCGUUUAUCACGGUUGGUUUGGCGUCGAUGGUGUUGGCAAGGCCACAGUUUAUAACAUUUAAAGAUGGUCGUGUGGGUGUGAACUUUGGCGGUUAUCACGCGUCCGCCGGUCUGGGCGGUUUGUUGACCGGAGAUUCAGCUCACGGCGGUCUUCAGGCUGAAGCAGGCACACCGUGGGGAGCACGAGCUGGUGCAGGACUCGGUGGGGAUGCCAGUGGACAAGGCCGAACUUCUGGCGGGCUAUACGCCGGAGCCGCAUCCGGGUUCGGACACUCAGCGGGCGCCGAACUCGCCGGCAGCACCUCAGCCGAAGGUAGUUACGGCGUUUCUGUUGCCGGAGCUAAAGGCGUAGGAGUAGGUGUUGUUAAAACAGUUGAGGUCGAACAGCCUACACCAGUAGUAACAAAUGCCAUCAACAAGAAUGUAGAAAUAGUGAACACUGUAGAAACUACAGCUCCUGUAGAAAAAGUUGUUCCAGCUAAGCAAGUGUCCGUUGUCGAAACCGUACCAGCUGCUCAUGCUGGAUUUACAUUCACAAAAACUGUCCAACCUGUUGCGUACGUCACCAAAACUGUCCAGGCCGCUCCCGUCGUUGCAACCAGGGUUAAGGUCGCAGAAGUGGAGCAAAUGACAGAAGCCCCAAAGAAGGAAGUUGUGCAAGAAGUUGCCCAAGAAGUGCCGCAAUAUUAUAAUACAGUUUACUUGAGGAAACGUUUCCGCCCAAGACAUUUCUACAAACAUUAUGGAUUCUAUCCAGCAGUUCAAUAUGCAUCAAAUGUUGAGGUUGUUCCAGCACCAGUACAGGCCCAAGUAGUGAAACAGGUAUCCAUUCCUGUUCCUCCUCCGGUAGUUAGGACAGAGUUUGUAAAACAGGUUCAAGUACAACCUGCACAGGUCGUAAAGCAGGUCGAAGUUCAACCUGUUCAAGUAAUUAAAGAAGUGCAACCUGUCCAGACCCAUGUCGUAAAACAGGUCUCAGUACCUGCUCAAGGAUCAUUUGCUGCUCAAGGAGGUUUCACAGUCGGUGGUUCUAAGGGUUUUUUUGAUGACAUUUUCAACAUUCCUAUCUCCACAUUGGGCGCAGUAAAUCAAUUUCUGAAUAAUAGAGCCGCUGCUGGUGCUGGUGCCUCUGGAAGCGUACAAUUCAGCAAGCAAGUUUAUGGUUAAAUAUAUAUUUAUUUUAUCAUUUUAAUUAAUUUUAGUUAUAUAUAAUUUAAUUGACAAUAGAACUAGCUCUCUAUGUUCUUCUAUGCUUUAUGUAAUGAAUU